UGCGCCAGGUUGUAGAUGUUGAUGGCUACUACAAUCUGGCAGCUGAGUACCUGGAGUGCUCUCACUGCAAGAAAAAAGUCAUCAGCUGGAGCCAUCCGAUCUUGGAGCAGCUGGACAUUGGGCACCGUCUCCAGUUCCCUGCAGUCCUGACCUACAAGCUUGCCUGUGAUAACAAGGUUGUCAGGCUGUUGAGGUCCAGAGGACUUGGAAACGGUCCCUUCCAGCUGCAGCGGAAAAUUCAUGAGCAGCACAGCGAGGCCUGGCUGCAGAAGACAGCACACUACCUGUCGCAGUGCCAGGAGUUCAGCCAGGCUUCGGAUCGUCGACUCAUUUCCCGCCCGUCCUUUGAUGACCCCGUCCCAAUGCCGUCGGUACACACCUACCACUGGCUGCUACAGGUUUACUGUAACGAUGUUCUUCAGCGCAUCAACGAUAUAAAAGCAGCCAUUACUUCGACAUUUGGGCGGGUGUUGAAAAUGGACUCCACCAAGAAGAUCGCAAGAAAACUGGCUGGACACACGCAUGGUACUGCAGCAUGGGCCACCGACGUGGGGAAUGAGCAUGGGCAGGUCCUGAUGUGCGUGUUGACCGCUGCAGAAGGCCAUGGUUUGGACGAAAUGACCAAGGGCCUUGUCACACGGUACCAGUCUGCCAGUGUGCCCCCGCCGGAACUCCUCUAUGUGGAUAGAGACUGCUGCAGUGCCAGCACAAAACGUCAGUUCAUUGGCUGGCCUGCCUUGCAGAUCCGCCUAGACAUCUGGCACUUCAUGAGGAGAUUCGCAUCAGGGUGUACAACUGACUCCCAUCAGCUGUACGCCUUUUUUCUACGUCGCCUGUCAGCAUGCAUCUUCUCAUGGAGUGCAGAGGAUGUGGAUCUGCUACAGCGGGCUAAACGGGCACAUCUGAUCACCAAGGACAUCAAGAACCCGUCUGCAGAGGAUGUGACCAACCACAUCAACAAGAGGUCACUGGCUCGCCACUGCAGACGGACAACCCGUGGUGUCGAAGAGACCACCCGCCUCAUCAAGGACCUGCUGACCACUUUGGACAGUGAGCAGGGGCGAGACACCCUGGGAGUUCCCUUGUUUGACUCCACCCGCAUCUGGGACAUCUGGGAGUCCCAGAAGAGACACAUCAUCUGCAUCCAGGACCCGGAGGGUGUUCAACUCUACACCAAGACGGGUGAGAUGGUGUUGGGUGGAGUCACUCUACCGGUGUUCAGAUGUGCUCGUGGUUCCACAUCACUUGAGUCCUUUCAUCUCCAUCUGAAUCGAUUCAUCCCUGGAACCACAGCCAAUGACCUGCAUUUCCAGGCCUACCUGAUGGAUGGGCUGGUGCGCUGGAAUGCCGACCGUACUUCAGAUGCCACACUCACCGAAGGCCCCAAUCAUCGGGUGUACAGUGGCUAUCUGAAGUAUGCGGUAGACCAGCUCGGACAACGUGUGCUUGGCAAGAGGAUUGACCCCACACAGACAACCCCCCAGAAAUAUACAGGAGAGCUCAUCGGGGUAGAGUACCUCUAUCACCAAACCAACAAGGUACUUGGAGAGUACUCCGCUGAUGAUGCCUCAGGAGAUGAUGAUGACGACGAUGAUGAUGACGAUGAUGACUUCAGACAACAUGAAACGAGGUUGGACCCAACCAUACCCCCUAUUGAGGGGUCAUCACAGUCCAAUCACCCUAUGGAAGGAAAUGCAUCGGUAACAACAAGUAAAGGCAGCAGCAGCGGCUCCGAGACGGAGUUUCAGAUGGCCUUCUGUGCAGGCCAAACUGCCCGCAACUGGUAUGCCCAUCCUGCAAUCAUCAUCAUCAUCAUCAUCAUCACCAUCACCGCCUCCCCCCAGUGUCGCUCCCCAACCAAGACCCACAUCCUCUACACGCCAAGCAAAGCCUGUGGCCACGUUGUCCAGACGACCUCCCAGCCCUCCAUCAGUAGAAAUGCCUUUCCUGACCAAAGAGCCAACAACUUCAUCAGAAACUCCCGCAGAUCCUGA